UCUGUGUCGUUACUUCAGCUGCAGCAUCAACUCUGCAUUCUUGAACCUAAACAUAGACGGCAACUAUUACAAUCCAAACAUGGCCAGCAACUUUGGAUCUGACAGAACCAAUAAUAAGGUGCUGAGGAUGGUGAUGGUGGGGAAAACUGGAAUUGGAAAGAGUGCCACUGGAAACACCAUCCUGGGAAGACAGUGCUUUGAAUCAAAGUUCAGUGCUAAGUCUAUGACUGUAGACUGUUCUAAGGGCAGAGGUGAGGUGUUUGGACAACAGGUUGCUGUUAUUGACACUCCGGGCCUGUUUGAUACCAGGUUUGGCAUGGAUAGAACAACUAAAGAUGUGACCCAGUGCAUCACUUAUGCUGCUCCUGGACCCCAUGUCUUCCUGGUGGUCAUCAGACUGGGAAGAUACACAGAGGAGGAAAUGAAGACGGUGCAGAAGAUUCAAGAAAUCUUUGGUCAGGCUGCAGACAGAUACAGCAUGGUGCUCUUUACUCAUGGUGAUCUUCUUGAAGAUAGCACUAUUGAGGAGUUCUUGGAUGAAAGUUCAGACCUGCAGGAACUUGUAUCCAGAUGUAACGGCCAGUAUCAUGUCUUCAAUAAUAAGCUGAAGGAUCGUACUCAGGUCACUGACCUGCUCCAGAAGAUCAGAAAUAUAAUCCAGAAGAACGGAGGAAGCCACUACACCAAUCAGAUGUUCCAAGAGGCUGAGAGGGCAGUCGAAGAGGAGAAACAACGUAUCCUCAAAGAAAAAGAAGAACAAAUACGUAGAGAACAAGAAGAGCUGGAGAGGAAAAUACAGGAAAAAUAUGAAAAACAGAUGGAGAAAAUGAAUGCCAAAGUCCAGGCUGAGAGAGAGAGGGAGAGGAAGGAGAGAGAGGAGGAGAGGAAGAGGGACAAGGAGGAGGUGAAUGAGGAGAGGAAGAGGGAGAGGGAGGAGAGAGAGGCAGAGAGAAAGAGAGAGAAAGAGGAGAGAGAAAGAGAGAUGGCAAACAUGAAGGAACAGCGUGACAGAGAGCUCAAAGAGGAAAAAGAAAGGUUACAGCAAAGACAUGAAGAGGAGGCCAGAAAGAAUGCUGAGGACAUGAAUCCUUUGCUAAAAGGUUUUAAAAUGAUAGGUGAAGGAUUUGUAAACAUUGGCAAGGGAGUUUUAGGAUUGUUUAAGAGGUAAGAAGAACAAUCAGUGUUCUCAUAUUCAGGUAGUUCAUCUAAAGACACACACUACACACUCAUUGAUCUAAAUGAAUGAUUUAGCUCAUUGUAUUUGUUGAGGUAAAGCUCUACUGUAGAUUAGUAAGGCUAAGUCAUCAUAUCACAGUUCUCAUGUCUUCUUUUCCUCUUCACAUGUAUUUUUGAAAAUGUUCUUAAUAGUCUUUACAAUUCAUGGUAAUAAAUGCUUUAAAUGUGUCUUUACGGUUUCAUUUUCAUUUAACCAUGAUACUUACCUCUGAUGGGUGAUUAACUUUGAUGUGGUGCCACCUAGUGGGUGAAUUGGGUAAAAUUAAUAUUUCCAUCAGUAUCUAUUGAUUGCUUCUUUAUGGUCACUCUGGUUUACUUGUUUGUAUUAUAACUUUUCUUUGAUUCACUAAAGGAGAAGCUUGACAGAGAAGUUAUAAAGGAAAGACAA